GAGAAAUACAAAUCCUAAUGGAACUAUACAUACCUAUUACCUAAAUGCAGUGAAGAUACAUACAUGUACCAGACACUCACAUCUUCCAUUACUAAGGUUCCUUUUUAAUAAGAGCUCACAUAGCACUAGUUCCGGCUUUGUGUUAUACAUCUCUUUUUUUUGGAGGUACCUCAAAUACUACUUAUCUCGAGUCUCACGAGUCGCGUCAAAACGCGUCGUCAACUGACUAAACUAUGGUGCCUCGGAGAGUAAUUGCCGACUCUGACGACGAAGAUGGAGAUGACAAUCCACUAAGUCCUCUAAGAGAAGAUGAAGGAAUUGAUCCCCCAGAGGUAGAACAAUUGAGCCCACAUCACAGGCCGUCAAGCCCUGAUGUACUAGACAGCCGCAAUCAUAUAUCUGAUACUACGGACCAAUCCUUCUUUGCCAGUGUUUAUGAUGAGCAGCAAAACAGGGCUCUUCACCAAUCUCAUCUCAUCGAGAAUAUAGUCCGUCAAAGUCAGCAGGCGAGCAGAAGUAGUGGGGAGAUCUCGCUUCCGGUGAAGGAGAAAGGCAAAAAGGCCGAUGCUUCUUCGGCCACGAAUGUCACCUCACCAGUAGUCUUGGACAAGCCUAGGAACGAGCCAUUACUCUCCAGCGACGGUGCUUCCGGUAUAACCACUCCACGAAAGAGCGCAUCUGGAGAAUGGGAUGUGCCCAGUAGUGCAGAAGACGCAAUGGUUUCAAGGACUACUAAGAGUUUGAAAGGAAAGAAUGAGAAGUCGUAUGGCAAGCGAAAAAGAAGCCAAUCAAAAGCAACGAAGAAUUCUGCAGCAGCAGAAAUAUUCAUGGGAUAUGACAAUGAACUUGAAGAGACAGCCCAAGACACGGCUUUGCACAAUGAGAUGCUUGCCCCAAGUCAUGGAGCUGGGCCAUCACAACAGCCCGUAUUCAAACAGAAUGAAGUCUCACUCAAUGACUCUGUGAUCCGGGAUACGGCGCCUAUAGCGAAUUUUUAUAUUGCUCAGAGCAACCUCACUACCAUGCAGAAACUGGAAUAUGAGAAGGUUAAUGCGUCACAAAACGGAUACCCCAGUCUCCCCGGUCCUCUUACUAACAUAAAGUCAAGCGGCAUGUCGACGGUUGCAUAUCCAACACCUAGCCGAUAUGCAUCUUCUUCCGGGCCACCGCUUCCGUGGGAAAGAGAUUCUGCUGCUGAUGUCGAACCAGAUGAAAGCGUUGAUUCCAUAAAUAUAAUGUCUUCCCCAGAUGUCAUUGCAGCUGGCCAUGAUUAUACGGAGGAAAACCCGGCAGAAGCAGUACUUGUGGAUACACAGGUAGCAUACGAUGAGGUCGAACCUGCAAUCGGAGAUACUACCCCAAGGAGCCUAUAUAGCAAGAGAAAAAAGAGGGCAAGAAGCAUACAAGAUGAAGACGAAGAUGAAUUACAAGAUGGACCUUGGGACUAUGAGGCUGUUGAUCGGCACCAAGACAAACACAAACGGAGGCGUAAUGAGCCAAAAUCAACCCCACCUAAUUCACAUGGAGACGAUGCUAUCGAGCUUCUUCCAAAUCCAAACGAAGGAAUGCUUCGGGAACAAGACUACCAGGACUUACCCAGGAAAGAAACACAUGAGACCGGUGAUGCUGCCCCUGAUAUACCUCCGACAGCGCCUCCGCCUGUUUCUUUCAAUGCGCCUGAACAUAACCUGCCAGAGACUCAGCCAAACCCCCAACCAAAGAAGCGUGGGCGCAAGAAAAAACAGGCUGUGAAAGAACAGACCCUUCAAGAAGAGCUGCCCGUCGAAAAUCAGGCUGCCGCUCAAGAGGCACCCCUUGCUGUUAAAGACCCCGAGGUAGAAAUUGAGCCAGAGAAGCCUAAGAAGAAAAGAGGCCGCCCUCGAAAGUCAGACUUGGCAAAGCCCGAAACAGCGCCGGCUCCUGAACAUCAAUCCCACGCUACGUAUAAGGCCCAUGAGGACGACGCUCAGCACGACGAGAUCACUUCGGAGAAGACUGAAGCGACCGAGAAGCUAAAGCUCAAAAAGAAACAAAAAGCCCGAAGCGAAGCAAAAGAAAAGGAGGAGAUAGAGGAUUCAACCACAGAUAAGGACGACGUUAAAGACCCGUUGAAAGAAAUUAACAGUAACUCCAGACCAUCUGAAGAACCAGUAUCGGCCGAGGGAGUGCCUGCGAAACCCACCCCCAAACAGUUAGCCGACCAGCACAAGUCUAAUGAGAAAGGAAGCACGGUCCCUAAGCCCACAUCCACAUCUUCGCAACAACCCAAGGUACAGUAUCGAGUUGGCUUAAGCAAACGAACACGGAUAGCUUCGCUACUGAAAAUUAUCAAGAAAUAGACCCAACUUGACAAAGUCUAUGUUGUGGUAAUCAGUACAGUCAUCCUUUAAUGAUGCCAAAGAAUGAAUUGCUUGGCUCUAUAGCAAAAUGAAUUUCCAGACGAUUCAGUACCAAGAGAGAAAUGGAAAUGAAUAUUAUGAAAACUACCGCUUAACUUCCAUUUUGUUGGAGCAUCAACCAAGCGCGAAAAUAGGUCGGACAUGACUAUGGAAGUAUAAGAAGCGAGAUGGUAGUUGAAGGUUGUCAUACCUCUUAAACGUGUAGAUAGGUAUACAACAGAUAAUUAAGUCCCU